AUGGUUUUAUUGUUAGAAAUUCCACGACAAAAGCGAAGAUUAUUUGAACUGCUUUGCAAUACUGCAUUGUAAGUAAUUGUUGGAUUAUUGCAGAACAUUUCUAUCAGUUCUAAUCUGUUCUUCGUAGAGGUCCAAUAAUGCCAUCUCUUAUUCAUCCAGUUGGUUCCUACAGGAAGAAACCAAAACUAAACUGACUUAAUUCAUACUUGAUAGCUCUAUCAGUUCCAAACUCGUCUUUUUAUAGAGGUCCAAGUAAAGCUCAUCUCUUAUUGAUACAGUGUUACUACAAGAGGAAACCUAAACUAAACUUAAUUUAUUUAUACUGGAUGGUUUUAUCAGUUCUAAAAUGUUCUUCCUAUAGAGGUCCAGUAAAGGCCAUCUCUUUAUCCACUUAUUACUACAGGAGAAAAACCGGCAGUGUUUCAAAGUCAAACUGAAAACACUCAUUAUUAGCAACUCUAUUUUCACUUAGGAAUAGUCCCGAUGAGGAUCCUGAAACAUCAAAAGAGUUCAAACUAAAGUUCUGUCGCAGUCCAGUUGAGAUAUUGAGCACAGAUUUGGGAAGAGUAUCUGGAAUUAAAUUUGAAAUAAAUAAUCUGAUAGAGGUAUACGACAUUCAGACUCAGUUAGGAUUGGAUGUAGGAUUAGGAAAAAGGGUUUGAUUUUGGGGGUAUGACGAUGAUCUUCGCUCAAAACAUCGAUCGGAAGUGUUUUUCAGAUUUUUCAGGUAGUUCAGAUAUAGAUAUACAAACCACGGUAGCUUAUUGUAGAAUACUACAUAUACCCUACACUAAACUCUCGCACUGGAGAUGUUUUUUAGACCAAACUACAGUUUAAUUGUAAAAUUACUAUACCUACACUGCCCACGUCUAAGAUAUCUUUUUCAGGUAGUUCAGACACAAUAAACCACAACAUCUUAUUGUAGAAUACUACUACCCACACUGGAUCAUCACAUUUCAGAUAUCUUUUUCAGGUAGUUCAGACACAAACCACGACAGCUUAUUGUAGAAUACUACCUACACUGGACCACCACUUUUGAGAUAAAGUCAUUUUAUGUUUUUGCUAGACUGGCGAUGGAGCUGUUAGGGCAGAACGCUGUGGAAAAAUGGAAAUUUUGAACUGUGGUCUGGUGAGUGUUUAUUCCCAAAUGGAUGUCAAGCAAUUUCUUUCUGAAAGAAAAGAGUAUUACCUGUAACUAUUUUUAUAUUUUAAUCGCGUGUUUUUAUUACAUUUUUCUUCAGAUAUUCCGAAGUAUUGGUUACCGUAGCGUCGCUAUUGAUAAUGAUAUACCAUUUGAUGAUAAAAAUGGUGUCGUAUCUUGUGAAUCUAAUGAUGGUCACGUGGCUGGAUUACCAGGUAUUACUGAUUACGUUUACCCUAAACCGAGAAAUCCAGCAAAUUCUACAUUUUCUUAGGCUAAAACCAUGAUUUUACUCGGAGCCAAUAAAGCUAUGUGGUUGGUUUAUUCUAUUGUUCCACUUUUCAAUUUUAUUGUUCUAUGCAAGUUAUUCUAAUAUAUGCAAAAACUUUAAAAUCGAAAUACUAAAAAUUCUUCUAUUGUUGAUACUGAAUCAAUUCGUCCGAAAUUUUCAGAGUUUAUUUAUUGGCAACAGAGCCAUAUCGUGAACCUAAAGAAAUUCAUAUAUGAGCGUUAUUCAUUGCAAGCGAUGAGAACCCUUAUACGAAUUAUUUUCCAUAUAUGUCUAUAAAAAAGUAAAACAUGAAGGCCUUAUUCUAAGUUACUGAUCCUGUGUCUGCCAAGCAUAAUCUAUCAUACUUGACUCAAAUAUGAUGGAAAAAGCUUUAAUUUGAAAAAAAAAAUUUUCACGGUGGAAGACCACCUUAACCCAAAUGCAUGGGGUUAAAUCUAGGUUAACGACGAAAAUUUUAACCAGAAUGUUUUAGGAGUGUGCUAUAUAGAGUAAAGUGUACUACUAUUAAUGAAAAUUACAUAUAUUGCUUACAGGUGUUUAUUGCUGUGGUUGGGUACGAACUGGACCAACUGGUGUCAUUUUAAGCACGUUGAAUGAAGGAAGAGAAACCGCUAAAGUGGUCGUGAAAGAUUUAAAUGAAGGUGCCAUAUUACGUAAUAUAUCAACUCCGACUAUGAUGACUUUUCCAGAUAUCCAGUCCGCGCAAUUGUAAAACUCUGAUAUGACAUCUCAUUACAUACGAAUAAUAAUAACGGCUUAUUGACCGAGCGUGAGGUCUGUACUGUGAAAUAUCAGACCGAGGUUUUUAAACAGAGGUCUGAUAUUUCACAGUACAGACCGAACAAGCGAGGUCAAUAAUCGGUGUAUUAUAUGGCUGAACUGAGUCUGUGAGCAUAUGCUUUUCGCGCUAGUUAAAUCGGCUAUCGUCAGUUUCACUGGGUAACAAUAUACGGUAGGCAUGCAUGCUCAAUCAAAAACAAUUUGGUUGUUUGAAAUUUUAUCUGUAAAUUUUAAUGACACACAAUUGGAAAAUUAAGAAGCAAAAAUUUUUUCUGUUUGCAAAGCAAAAAUUUCGCGCCAGAUAAACGACAUCCGGGACACCGGUCCAGAUACGGAAAAUACGGACCACGGUCCGGAUAUGGGUUUUUACGGACAGCUUGUCAACCAAUCAGAAUAGAGAAUUUUGAAAAACCAUAUAAUAAUACACUUUAUUUUCAUUGGGUGACUGGAUUUACACAAAGUAAUUUUCGUCCAGGCCCAACAUUUUGAAACAAUUUAAGUCACUACUACUUAAAGUGACGUGAAUUAAUUUUGAUCCAGUCCAAGGACUGAAUUCAUUUUGAUCUAGUUCAAGAACUGAAUUAAUUUUGAUUUGCCAGACUCACUACUUUUGUACUAUUAGGGACCAACGACCAAUUGUCCGAAAAUUCGCUGUCCUCAACGUGCACAAGUUUGCGUAAACAUGAACGCAAAGAUAGAAUAGAGAUUUUUGCCGAGUUUUUAGAUCAUGUCUUGAUUGACUAUGAAACACGUUAGUUGACAGGGUGUUAGCUACAGUAAAAAGAUUGGCGUUAUAUAUACGCCGUUUUCACAAUUACGUUUUGCCAGAGAUUUCACAAUUUAGAUAGCCAAAAUUGGGAACCAGAUAAGUAGCCUAAUAUGUAUAUUUGUUUGUUUUUGGUACGCAAAACAAUGUCAGGUGACUUGCACUUCAAAAGUUUCAAUUCAGCUCAGCUGGCGCUAGGCCACGAGAACGUCACUCAAUAAGAAACACGACAUUCCUUAACUCCGGUCUGAAUGUCGCAGGCUAACUGAAAUUCCCAAUUUCAUUAAAUUGCCGAACUUUUUAAUCUUCUGGCUAACACCCUGGUUGACUAGGUUUCUGCCCAUAACAAAUGCUUCACCUUUUUGCAGGAAAGUUUCCUGGCAUUACUAUGGGAAAUAAAGGUUUCCCAACAAUCACAACUCUUCUUAAAUCUCGAGGUAUUUCUAAAUCUUUUUUCUACAAAUUUUAUGCUAUUCUUGACUUGCAAUCAGUCCCUUGAGAAUUAGAAGACAAUGGCGCGGCGGCCAUGUUGAUGCCAAAUUCAAAAGAAGUUAAUGAGAUUCUUUUGUUGAAAGGGACCAACAUGGCCGUCGCCCACAUCAGUGCAAGUCAAGAAUAACGUUCAUGCAAAGAAACUUCACACUAUUUCUUAUCAUUGCAUUCUAAAGAAAAUUCACAAUAACUGGUAAGAUACUUUGCCAAACUAUCUUAGCUUGUUCCUUUCUAUAUACUUUCGUUGCUUUUUUGUCAUUUUUGUUUUGUUGUAGUAUAUGCUAAAACCAUAGAACAGUUAUUCACCUCAGCCGUUGGUGACUAGUCUGGGGCCGGUUGUAUAAAAAAGUGAUUAAAGUUAACUAUAGUUAUUAAAAUGGGAACGUCAUCCAAUAAGAAGCGCCUAUUUGAGAGUUAAUCACUAUUUAACUACAAAAUAGUGAUUAAAAAAGUGAUUAAGAGUUUUAUACAACCGGCCACUGGUGACUAUACAGGGUGUAUAAAAAAAAGGAGACCUUUAGAAAUCAACCAUACUGUUAAAAUUUGAAUGCCUUUUCCAUUGCACCGUAGUACGUGAAAUAUUGAUGGGGUGCAUAUAUUAGAAAAAGGAGACCUUUAGAAUUUAAAAUAACGUUUAAACAAAAGAUUGUCUGCUCCUGGGAACAAUCUGCCAUGCAUAUUGUACGUAGAUCGCAUAUUCGCAUGUUACGCACUCGUGGGCUUAGCAAAGUGCUACAGGAUUCAAAUGUUAAAUGGUUGAUUUCUAAAGGUCUCCUUUUUCUAAUAUAUGCACUCAAUCAAUAUUUCACGCACCACGGUUCAGCAUAUAUGUGCAAUUGAAAUGGCAUUCAAAUUUUAACAAUAUGCUUGAUUUCUAAAGGUCUCCUUUUUUUUAUACACCCUGUAUACCUGUAGAGCGUUUGCACAUUGAUGUCACAGCCGCCAUGUUGGUGUUCCAAUUCAAAAUAAUUUUAAUUAGAAUUUUUUGUCUGGAAUACCAACAUGGCCGCCAUGGCUUUUGUUGAGUUGGUCCCUGGGGAAUGAGUGCAAACGCUCUAUUCACCUCCACUUCGGCGGUGAAUAAUUGUUAAUUAUUCUUGUAUUUUUUAGGGAUAAAUCCAGUAUCUUUCGCUCAGUGGGAACGUAUUGACACACACGAACAGGAAUUGGGCAGCAGCAGAAGAAAGCCGAGAGAAAAAAUUGUGGAUACUGAGACACUUCUUAGUUUAGCGCAUGAAAUUGUCUAACAAUCAUGAUCAGUAGACAAAUUUGGCUAAAACAUUUGUUUAUACCCAAUUCAAAAAUUUAGGCCACUCACAUGCCCAGUUAACUAUUGUUCUAGUUUACAGAAGCACAGUCUAUGCCAUAGAAAUUCUAUGAUAGAAUAGAACAAAGGUAACUAUGCUUUAGAAUUAUCUAUAUGAAUGAAUAUUAACUCUUAUACUGUAUACAGGGUGUCUAAAAAAAGUUGACAUUAUACAAUUACUUUAUGGUUUCCGUGUUUGGAUGGCCUGAUCCAAACACGCGGGAAUGUUGCGAGAGUUAAGAAAAGCGAGCGAAAUCACGAGCCGAAGGCGAGUGAUUUUGCCCGCUUUUCUUAACUCGAGCAACAUUCCCAAGUGUUUGGAUCAGUCCAUCCAAACACGGAAACCAUGUAAUUGUUUUAUAAAAUAACAACAACACGGUAGUCUUCCGUGUUUGGAUGGCCUGAUCCAAACACGGCUUUCGACCAAUCAGAAUACGCGUUAUAUACAUGUUAUUUUAUAAAGAAAUUCACCUCAUUGUUAUAAUUUGAAUGCCUGAGUCCUAUACUGAACCCAUUUAAAAAUUUUUGGUAUCGUUCAACAUAUGAAUAUGAUUAUGUGCUGAUUAAUUUAACGCAGCCCGUAAAACAGUAAAAACUCGUUGCUCUUUAGUCAGUUGAACCAUUUUUAAUCGAACUGACAGAACUAAUUUCUAGUCGUUUUAACUUUCAAUUAGAAUUUUCAUGUACAAUUUAUGCAGUUUUAAUAUGCUUUUAUUUAAUUACAAGGCAUUAAUUCUAAACUCCCAGAGAUAAUGAAGUUUGGCCUUGGGUGUUUACAACAAAAAGGGUAAUUUCUACGAGGUUCACUUUUUUUGUAUGGACACCCUGUAUAAUUCUGAUGCUUUAUAGGGGCUGAUUACAUGGUAACCUGGUUGAAAUUUUUUGCCAUUACAUGGACGAUUUCAACCCCGGGGUUGAAAUGCCAUACGUUCCCGGCAUUGAUUUCCGGAAGUAAAUUCAACCCCGGGGUUGAAAAUGCUCCAUAUGAUCGGCCCCUCACUUACCUUUGUUCUAUUCUAUGCUUCUGUCAACUAGAACAACGGUAACUAGGCAUGUGAGUGAUCUAAAGUUGUGAAAUGGGUAGCAACGAUGUAAACAGCGUUAGCUUUACAACGUUAGCCAAAUUUGUCUAUGUGUGCACGAAACAAUGGCGCGACAUCGAGGCUGAAAAUGUCUAGUGAUGUACCGAUAUCCAUACAUAUCCAUAUCGGACUGGAUAUCGAUAUAUCAGCCCUAUGUUCAGCCAAUAUACCGAUAUUGUGUUAUAAUAAGUUUAUAAAAUAUAUUUUAAAUUUACAAUAUAUUUUGGAUUUCAGUUAUUAAACACAACUCAGUGACCCGAAUGUAUCAAUGUUAAAUUGAAUAUCAAAACAUUUAAUUUUCCAUUAAGGUUUUGAAUGGUUUUUAAAGAUUUACCAUGUAUACUAUCAAUCUAAAAACUGAACUCUUACUAUUAUUGGUUAUUUAUUAUAGAUUUUCCAUGUGUAAAUUGGUAAAAACUAUGUUGUUUAAUAGUUACCAUGAUUAAUGGUAUUUCCUGUGCACAUGAAAAAAUAAAGUACCAUUAAUGGUAAACAUGGUCUUUACUAAUUUACCAUAUGGGAUAUCUAUAAUAACCAAUGAAUGGUAAGAGUUCAGUUUUUCUCUCAAUCAUGUGGAGUUCCUCAUGGGUAAGGUAUAUUUUACAGAUAGAAACUUUUAUUUAGUAACAAUAUUAACUGUUAUCAUUAGGAGCCCUACAUAUACAAUAUGAACUAAGUAUUAAAAAUUACAACAAAUGGUAUUACCUAUUAUUAUAAAGAUAUUAAUACAUACAUAUAAGGGACGGACCAUUAGAAAAGUGAUGGGGGGGGGGGUAAAUUUUUUUUGUUUGCAUUUUUUUCCAGGUUGUCAGCUGUGUAUGCAUGUUUUUUUUAAACAUGUCUUCUCGCAUGCAAUUUUUUUUCCAAUACAACUAUACAAAUGUUAACGAAACUGUUCUCUUGACAAAAAAAUAUCCCUUUAAUACACACUGCAAAAUUAUAUCUUUAAGCGCCAUAUAUGGACAAGUUUUCUAGGGGUCCAGAGCUUGCUCACCCAGAAAAUUUUUUAAUCUAAAUUCUCUGAAAUACCAUUUCCCGGACUUUGGGGAGAGAUUUUACAGAAUUCUGAUGGUCAGAAAACGCCAUUGUAACAUAUCAGAGGCCCUUGGCCAAUGUUUUUGCUCUAUAGCCUGAGCCUGGGCCCCCCCAUUUGCGGGCCCAUUGGGGUUGGGGGCCCCCGGAUUCUCCCAGUCCGAGCCCAUAGUAGUUACGCCACUGAGGACAGUGGCAGUGUGAAUGAGAAUUAAUUAUUAAAUACAAUAGAAAAUAUUUGGAUAGUAUAUAAUAAAACUACAUAAGAGUUACUGUUAAUAUUGAAAGAAAUUGCAUAUUAAUAUAUUAUAUAUUUUGAUAUAUUUAUAUUCUGAAACAUUCCAAAGAUUUAGAUCAAUUUUGUCUGAUGUACAUUUAAAAUUAAAGUUCUAUUGUUGUUCUGUUUGUAAUUUUUUUUUAAACAAGUCUGUUUGCAUGUAUUUUUUUUCAAACCUUUUUUGUUUGCAUGGAUUUUUUUUCUGUUUUUUUCCCCACCCUCCCCAUCACUUUUCUAAUGGUCCGUCCCUAUUACUAAACAUGCUAAUUUGACUGAUCGUUCUUCCAGCGAUUAAAGACCACACAUCCAUGAUAAUAAAAUGAUUUUUUUAGAUGAUUUUAACCUAACACUCGGCGGGUGAAGCAGACCACUCUGUCUAGUAACCCGCUUAAUUAAAUCAAUCUAAAAAUAAUUGGUAAAAAUAAAAGCAUUUUCUAACUAACUUCAGGGUAUGUUUCUCACGUCUGUUUUCCAAGGUAUCGUAUCCUGAGUUGAUCUAAUGCCUCAUCACUACUAUAGAGGACUUCAUUAUCAUGCGAGCAGCUCUCCUUUGCAGUUUUUCAAUCACAUCAGUAUUCACCUUGCCACAACAUUUCCAUACAGUACUACAAUAGUCAAUUAUAGGUAAAAUUAAUGACUUGAAUAUUGUGCUUGGAAUGCCUCAGGGGUAUACGCCUAUGAAAAAUAUCUAUCCGCGAAACCUAGGGGAGUGUGCGGAUAUUAAGUGGAAUAGCCCAAUAACGAUUUAAAGCCCCAGUCUUGAACGAGGAUGAGAGUUGAUGAGAGUUGGCAGUCACCGAGUCACGCAUUGUUACGUUACGCCGGGGAGAUAUUUGAAGCUA